AUGAUCCAAGAUCAGCAAAAGUUAACUAAAGACUUACUUUCCUUGAUCCCCAACGUUGUCAGGGAGAUGCCUCCUAUUUCAGCGUCAGAGACUGAUUGCUUGGUCUCCACGACUCUCUGUUUGUACGACCCAACAUGGCCUAAGAGCAGUGAUGAUACCAAGAUAUCUUGUGGGCCAAGAGGCAAUACAGGUACUGAAGAAAAAGAGAACUCGCUGAUGAAGCUUAAGCUUCUCUCAAAUGAAGGAAGACAAGAGGAGGAGCAGUACGGCGUCUCAACAGAGUUAACUCUCUUCACCGAUCCAUGGACCAUCAAGAAGAAACUGACUAUAAGCGAUCGUAGCCGUCAAAACUGCCUUCUUCUGAAUCCCAGAAGCGUACAUAGCCACAUAGUGAGAUAUCUCCCUGAGGUUAGCCAAAAGAUGGUCCAAGAAGGCUCAGGGUUAACAGUCGACGUGUAUGAUCACAAUACUCACACUACGCACCAGAUGCUUCUAACGAAACUGACCAGGCGUGGAUCCUAUGUUCUCAGUGGUGGAUGGCUUAUGGAUUUUGUCAUCAGGAGGGCUUUGAAGACGAAAGAUGAGAUUGGAAUGUAUUGGGAUCUUUCUGAUUCGAAGCUUCAUUUCUGCGUGCUUUCUCGUGCACCAACAAGAGUCAGCUCAGGUUCUGUUCUUGCUGUACCAUCUCAGGCACCAAUAGAAGUUAGCUCAGGCUCUGUUCUUGCAGGUCAAUCUCAGGCACCAAUAGAAAUUAGCUCAGGCUCUGUUCUAGAAAGUCCAUCUCAGGCACCAAUAAAAGUUAGCUCAGGUUCUGUUCUUGCAGGUCAAUCUCAGGCACCAAUAGAAAUUAGCUCAGGCUCUGUUCUUGCAAGCCCAUCUCAGGCACCAAUAGAAGUUAGCUCAGGUUCUGUUCUUGCAGGUCCAUCUCAGGCACCAAUAGAAGUUAGCUCAGGUUCUGUUCUUGCAGGUCCAUCUCAGGCACCAAUUGGAGUUAGCUCAGGAUUUGUCACAAUAGCAUCCUACUCUCCCCUUCUAGCAGAUCCAUAA